AUGCUUGAUCCUGAGUGGAAUUUCUCAGACGAUGGACCAACCAAGUUCUGGGAGGGGAAUCGUGCUUGGUUGCUUCGUAGAGGUAUCAACCUCUACUCUUUGGCUCAGAGAGACCAGUCCCAUGAAGGGAAGGAAUUGUUCACGCAUUGGUGCACCCCAGUGAGAUCUUGCACACCGGCCGGUGCGCCUCAACUCGAAGGUGAAUCGCUCCCGUGGGCAAGGUGUGCGGAAGGACCCCGACGAGAGGCUUUUUGGUUACCGUCGAAAUAUAUCGCCCCUGCGAGGGAUCCCUCUGGUAGAGACGUGAUCCUCAAGGUGAUUGAUCGCCAUGGCGUGGAAAACACCGUGUCCAAAGCCCUCCUGGACGCUGUCGAUUACACAGAUCCAUCCACCUUUCCGUGUAUCGUCCCUCCCCUGGCAGUGCUCGAUACUCCGUACCAUUACUCGUUCCUGUGCAUGCCGAGAUGGGGAACUGUGAAUUGGUUUUACGAUAUCGACACUCCUCGCGAAUUCCUCCGGUUCGCUGGCUGCCUGCUGCGGGCGUUGGAGUUUCUUCAUUCUCGUCGCAUAGCCCACCGAGACAUCAUCCCCCAGAACAUGCUCUCCGACUCCUAUACGCUCGAUAGCGACAAGCAGCUCGUUGUUGCUAACAUACAGGAACGUCGAAGUCAAGGUGACAUUGACAACAUCACCGCCCUAAUGGACUUGGGCGCCGCCUUCGUGUUUCCUCGGGGCAAACCUUUGGCGGAAUGUAUCCUGCUGUCAUCAGAGGCCAUAGGCAACAGGAUGUUUGCUCCUGACGAUCUUGAGCGAGGGGCUCCAUACCAUAAUCCCUUCUCGUACGACGUGGGGAUGCUUGGUAAUAUCCUGCGGUAUCAUUUUUGGCACAUGGCAUCUGCCGUUCCAUCUCUGGCUCCGCUUUUCGACAGAAUGACAACAUAUGUGAUCCAUGAAAGGUUCACUGCAGAGGAAGCUCUGCGGUUUUUCAAGGAUACCACUACACAGGUCUCAGAUGAAGCACUGAAUACCAAGUUCCUGACUCCGGAGACGGAGGCGCGACGAAUCUCGACAGGAGACGUGUAUUGGUCGAGACUUUCUCCUCAAGACCAGGAGUUUUGGAAGAGAUACCGCACCCCGCCGGAGGCUUGGUGGAUUCCGCUCGUGCGGUGGCUUCUACAGUUCCACUGGCCUGGGACCCUAUUCUUCUCCAUACGCUGGUGGUUGAAGAUAUGA